AUGCCCGCCCGCGAGCAUGAACAGAGCGAUCGGCAUGGGUCCGAAAGCUCCUAUGUAUCGCAGGAGACUGUGCGAAAUCACGAGGAAUCCCGACGGCAUCUGACAAAAUCGUCAUCAAAUGGUCGUGAUACCGAGCCUUUCCCAGGCACUCUAAUGACCCGAUCCGGAUCCUCAUCACAAGCUCCAAAGAUCGACUGGCGAUCACCUGAAUGGUCAUGGAGUUCACCGGAUAUUUCACCUACCGAAGAGCGCAAGGGAUCUGGUUUCAGUAAUCAUCGAAAAGCACUUGCAGUGCUUGGUGCGGGCGACGACUAUAAGCAGUCAUACAAUUCGAGUCCGCAACCCCCACCUAUAAACCCCGACCCUUCUAGUGGCGAUCAACUCGAGACAAUUGCCCCAUGGGUCACAACGUCAGGAUCAGAGGGGCCUGGAACCUUUCUCAACGAUAAUUCCGAAUAUGAAGCGUCCCCAGCAUCAGCCACAUUUCGUCCGACGACGGGACGGACAUUUUCAAGCGAGCCGGCGGAAUUGGAUUAUAACCGGGAUAAUCGGAGACCUUCAACUGCGAGCAUGACUAGCAGUCAAGGGUCCAAGAAGUCAUGGAGAAAGAAGUCCAAAGCGCUGUUUGGAGAUGAUCACAUAGCUUCUGACGAGAUUGAAGAGAAUCCUCCUAGCAGGCGAGGAGGGCCUAUCGACCAAUUGAAAGCUCGUGAGCGUGCAAACUCAGAUGGAUCAGAUCCGUCACAGCGGCCUUCAAGGCCUCGAGCUGAAACACCGUUACCUUCAAGUGACAUAACUCCUUGGGUCUAUCAGAGUUUUGAUGAUAUUACACACCAUGGUGAAGCACCUGUGCGUCCUGUACCCAUUGGGCCUGAUGGUCAGCGCAUUCCAUCCCGUGCUCAACCCCGUUCUGGAACCCGAGAUUCUUCUCGACGACCUGGUGGCCACCGUCACUCUCGCAGUAAAGAGGAGAAACCGACGCUUGCAGGUGACCUGGCUGGAUACCAUCGUCCCUCUGCUGGUCAUGAUGAUUUUGCUUUAGGACUCAAACCCUCAAACGACAACUACCUAAAUUCCUCCACUGCUAUGAGCUCAACGACUAAUCUUGGUGAUCGGUCUACGAGUCCGACGCCAAGUGUGCAAAGUGCUAUUUACCGUGAGAGUGGUCAAAGCUCUCCAGGUGGACAUCAUAACAAACGUGGCAUUCUCAACAGGAUUCGGCAUCUCAAACCGGGAUCUCACAAACCGAAUGAAAAGCCCAAACGUGACCAAUCUCCGAAUCGAAAAAGACAGCCCAGCAUCGAAGGAACUGUCACCCCACGUCAUCUCGAGUCUGCGGACUCGGACCGAAAGAAGGAAUCCGGCAAGGGUCUUGGGAUUGGUGCACGGAAAUUUCCCCGACGCGCAUUUACUAAUCCUGAUAAAGAUGGCUCUCAGCCUCAAGAUCGGGAGCAUUUCUUCCCUUUGGAUACCGACAUGGAAGAUCUGCAUGAUAUUGUUCGUUCCUCAAUAAAUGGCCAGAUCAGACGGGGUACGGAUGGUGCGGCUACGCCGUACGAAGAUCCCAAUGGGCCAGAAAACCAGCAAUUCGGUCCGAACGGUGAUGGUUGGGCCGCACCCGACAGUUGGCAGGUGAAGAAACCGCCUGAUGUUGAUUUAGAGGCCCCAGAAGAUUCACCGCAACCCACUGCGGGUCUUCGUGAGCGUGAUGGGGCUUCUUACUUCAUUCGAGUAUUCCGGAUAGACCAUACCUUUGCGACCCUCUCAGCCGGCGUGGAAGCUACUGUUGCUGAAAUUCUUUUCAUGCUUGGACGCAAAUCAUUUUUAUCUGAUCAUCUUAAUAAUUAUGAGAUUGUUCUUCGGAAGAAUGACUUGUCACGGCAGCUUGAUCACAAAGAGAAGCCCAUCUUAAUGCAAAAGCAACUACUGGAGAAGGUUGGCUAUACGGACAAAGAUCGGAUAGAGGACAUUGGUCGCGAGGACCACAGUUAUCUUUGCCGACUCAUCUUCCUGCCCACGAAAUUGAGUGGCUACACGAGCUUGGAGGCAGAUCCUGGUUUCAACAAGAUGCAGAAAUUCAGCCACGUUGAUCUUCAAGGCCGAAGCCUUGUUACCAUACCAAUCACACUUUACAAGAAAGCCUCAGAGAUCAUUUCUCUUAAUCUUUCCAGAAAUCUCUCGCUGGACGUGCCAAAGGACUUCAUUCAAAGUUGCAUUAAUCUGCGAGAGAUCAAAUUCAUUGGCAACGAGGCUUCAUAUCUCCCUACGAGCUUCAGCUUGGCUGGCCGAUUGACCUAUCUUGAUAUUUCCAACAACUUCAUAGGGCAAUUGGAUCAUGCACGCCUAGACCGGCUCACAGGACUUGUGAGCAUCAAAAUGGCCAACAAUCAAUUGACGGCGCUGCCGAGCUAUUUCGCCAACUUCCAAUCUCUUCGAAGCUUGAACAUGUCCUCGAACAGUUUCAAGGUUUUCCCAGAGUUUCUCUGUGAGCUUAAGAGCCUAGUUGAUCUGGACAUCAGCUUCAACGGUAUUGAGGCGCUUCCCAAUCUUGGCCGAAUGACUACGCUUGAACGUCUUUGGAUGACGAACAACAAUAUCAGUGGACCACUGGACGAGUCAUUCCGAAACCUCGUGAACCUAAAGGAAAUUGAUGGACGAUUCAAUACGAUCUCGAACAUUGACAGUCUCUCUCGCCUUCCGCGGUUAGAGCAGGUGUUCUUUGGUCAUAACUUGAUAUCUAAGUUCAAAGGAGCCUUCCCGAAACUCCGCAGUUUGCAUCUCGACCACAAUCCCCUGACCCAGUUCGAUAUUGAUGCGCCCAUGCCGACGCUCUCUUCUUUGAAUCUAGCAUCCGCCAAGCUCUCCCAGUUCCGUGAUGGGAUGUAUGAGAACAUGCCCCAUGUCUCAAAGCUGAUCCUGGAUAAGAACCAUCUUUCCUCAGUUUCCGUGCAAAUUGGGAAAUUACGGCGAUUGGAACAUUUCAGUAUCAUUAAGAAUCCACUGUCUUCUUUGCCUGCGACAAUCGGAUGCUUGACGGAACUCAAAGAUCUUAACUUAAGAGAGUGCAACUUGAAGUCUUUGCCCGAGGAAAUCUGGCAUUGUACAAAGCUAGAGACACUGAAUGUCUCCACUAAUUUGCUCACCACAUUCCCGAAGCAUGGUGCAGCGGUCCCUACCGUUCCUGGUGAACCGGCACCGACACCUGUUUCGACGCCCGGAGUGGGAGUGAACCCUAGCUACGAGGAACUGGGUCCUCUCAAUGAAGUGGAUUCCCGCCGUACCAGUGAAACCUUAGGUCCACUGGAGUCGUCCAGCUCGACUCCACCUGGAUCAUAUCGAAAUCCGUCCAUCGUUCCAUCUGUUGGCCAAUCCCGGAAAAUUUCAACUGCCUCGCGAUCAGCACAUACAGAAGGGAGCUCUGCCUCUCGUAAAGAUUCCAAUUUCUCCCAACAGGGAAUGUAUGUGACAUUUGCAGGCUCUCUUAGAAACCUCUAUCUGGCUGAUAACCGGUUGGAUGAUGAUGUUUUCCGUGAGCUGGUUCGCCUUCCAGAGCUGCGUAUUGUCAACCUUUCACAUAACGAGCUAGCCGAAGUGCUCCCGGGCGUCCUUAGAAGAUGGCCGUACAUCUCUGAGCUCUACCUAUCUGGCAAUGAGUUAACUUCGCUUCCAUCCGAUGACCUGGAAGAGAUCAACAAUCUCAAGGUUCUCCAUCUGAAUGCAAACCGCUUCCAAGUUCUUCCAGCGGAGCUGUGCAAAGUCAGCAAGCUUUCCAUUCUCGACGUUGGAAGCAAUGGCUUGAAGUACAACGUAUCCAACUGGCCCUACGACUGGAACUGGAACUGGAAUCGAAGCUUGAAGUACUUGAACUUCUCGGGAAACAAACGCCUGGAGAUCAAACCUAACAUCACGUCCUUGGGCUUGCCCUCUGCGAAUGGAACCGACCUCACCGACUUCACCUCCUUGACGCACCUACGCGUUCUGGGUUUGAUGGAUGUGACUCUCACAAUCCCCACCAUCCCAGAAGAGACAGAGGACCGCCGUGUGAGAACUUCUGCUUCAUUAGCUGGAUCUCUCGCAUAUGGCAUGGCAGAUACACUCGGCCGGACCGAGCAUUUGUCUAUCAUUGAUAUGAUUGUCCCACGUCUCAAGCCAGACAACGUCGAGACUCUAGUCGGUAUGUUCGAUGGCCAGACAUUGUCAACCGGAGGCUCUCGGGUUGCAAAGUAUUUGCAUGAGAAUUUCACUCCUACCUUCUCCCAUGAGCUCAAAAAGCUCCAACGGGACCAGGGUGAAACCCCUCUUGACGCCCUAAGGCGAGCUUUCCUCGCGCUAAAUAAGAAUAUGGCCGGAUCCGCCUACAGAUCGAUUGACGACCGUGAGCUUCGACAGUAUCACCGUGGUUCCAAUGCGUCUAAACAGCUCAACCAAGAUGACAUUCAAUCUGGCGGUGUUGCAACCGUUCUAUAUUUGAACAACAUGGAGCUAUACGCUGCCAAUGUUGGUGAUGCCCAAGCGAUUCUAGUGAAGUCAGAUGGUUCUUUCCGGUAUCUCACAAAGGUCCACGACCCUGCUGAAGCAUCCGAGCGAGCUCGCAUCCGCGCCGCUGGUGGAUUUGUUUCUCGAAAUGGCAAGCUUAACGAUUUGCUUACUGUUUCAAGAUGCUUUGGCCACUUCCCGAUGAUGCCUUCCGUCAUUGCAGCUCCUUCGACCAUGCACACCACCUUGACAGAACAAGAUGAGAUGAUCAUCAUUGCUUCAAAGGAACUGUGGGAUUACGUUACUCCUGAGUUGGUUGUGGACAUCACUCGAACAGUGUACCCGGAUCUCAUGUUUGCAUCCCAGAAGCUCCGAGAUCUGGCCAUUUCUUUUGGUUCUACCAACAAGCUGAUGGUAAUGAUCCUUGGAGUCAGUGAGCUUCAAAAGAGACAAAAGAAAUGGCCACGUCCGAGUGUCUCCUUGGGUCCUUCGGCGUUCCCAGAGGAGCAAAUUAUUCCAACGAGUAAACUUCGAAAGAAGCCCCGAGAUGUUCCUGGCGAUUCCCGUCUGGCACGAUUCGAUUUCGUUGAUGCUCCUAUUGGUGAACUAGCCAUCAUUUUUACUGAUAUCAAGAAAUCGACUGGACUCUGGGAAUCCUGUCCUGAUGCCAUGCGUUCGGCUAUUCAAAUACACAACGACAUUCUUCGACGACAACUUGGUAUCAUUGGUGGCUAUGAAGUCAAGACUGAAGGUGAUGCUUUCAUGGUAGCCUUUGCUACUACCACAGCUGCAUUGCUAUGGUGCUUCAAUUGUCAGAACCAACUGCUUGAAGCUGAGUGGCCUACCGAGAUCCUCGAGCAACCGCAAUGUCAAACUGUGCUUGAUAUUGAGAACAACGUCAUUUUCCGUGGUCUCUCAGUCCGCAUGGGAGGUCACUGGGGCGAGCCAGUUUGUGAGAAGGACCCAGUAACCAACCGCAUGGAUUACUUUGGUCCAAUGGUCAAUCGAGCAUCUCGAGUUUCUGCCGUCGCCGAUGGUGGUCAGAUCUUCCUCUCUUCUGACUUCAUGAGCGAUAUUCAACGUAAUUUGGAGGUCUUUGCCGACACCGAACGCUCCGCAUCUAGCAACUCAACUGAUAGUCAUCCCAGAAUGGAUAGUCUUGGCCACAACAUCCGUCGCGAGUUACAACAACUCAACAGCCAAGGAUUCGUGAUUAAAGACCAGGGUGAAAGGAAGCUCAAAGGUCUUGAGAAUCCCGAGCCUCUAUACCUUGUCUAUCCCCAUUCGCUUGCUGGUCGCCUGGCUGCUCUUGAAGAAGCCAAUGAUACCAGUGGUCCCGCCAGGCCGAAGCCAGGAUCAGAACUGGAGUUGAAGACUGAAGUCAUCUGGCGCCUGUGGGAGGUCACCUUACGAUUGGAACGCCUCUGCGGGGCUCUGGAGAACCCUGAGAACCCACAGCUUAGAGAACCUAAUGUUGCCCUAUUCAACAUGGUCAAGAACCACGGAGGUGAACUCAACGAUUCAACGGUGAUUAGUUUGGUUGACCAACAGGUCACUCGAAUUGAGGCCACCGUAAAUACUCUAGCUGUCAGACACAUGAUGCGUCCAUUCAAACCAGGCGAUCGCCUCCAAGACCACGCCGUCCCCAUGGGCGACGUAAUGCAACAACUCCAAACCCAAAUGGCAGAAUACCGCGCCCUAAAAGAACAAAUGGCCAUAGAAGCUGCCGGAAUAUCCGUCAGCACACCACCGCAGUUCGGCCGCAAUCCAUCAAAUACCUCCGUCGGUGUUGAUAGCAACACCACAUCCGCCUCCUCUUCCUUCCUCCACAUCCCCGGAGCAGCUGACACACCUCGCUCCUUCGAUCUUGCACGCAACAUGCAUUGA